AUGAAGAUAGCCGUUGAUAUACCAGAAUUUGUAGUUCCUGGUCAAUUAAUAGCACCAGAGUUUAUAUUGGAAGAUGAUGAAAACAAAGAAAGUGUUUACAAGUUCAUAUGUGGCCCAGGUGCUAUGUUAGUUGAACAUAAAGUUGGUAGUACUACUAUUAAUGCAAUUACAGCGUCUUUGCUUGGUAAAGUUAAAAUUGAGCAAGAUGUUAAAAUUGAAGAACACUUCCAAAAUGAUGAUAACCAAGAAGAAAGUAAAGAUAAAGAAAUGAAUGGUAGACAAACUAAGUUCGUUAGAAUUUCUGUGAUUCAUAAUUAUAAAGAUGUAGAAACCAAGCAAGUAGAUAACGAAUUUGCCAAUAAUUUACCAAAAGAAGGUGAUAUUGUACUUGCUAAAGUAACAAGAAUAUCGUUACAGAGGGCUAACUUGGAAAUAUUAGCUGUUGAGAAUCAACCUGUACCAAUCGAUAGUGGUGUUGGAAGCAAUGGACAUGGGGUAGUGGCAGCAGGUGGUGGUUCUGGUUCAUCAAAGUUUUCCGUUGCCCAAACUUCAUCUGAUUUUGGUGAACCUUUUAGAGGAAUUCUAAGAUCACAAGAUGUUAGAGCAACUGAAAGAGAUCGUGUUAAAUUAAUAGAAAAUUUUAAGCCAGGAGAUAUAAUAAGAGCACAAGUUCUAUCCUUAGGUGAUGGUACAAAUUAUUAUUUAACGACAGCUCGUAAUGAUUUAGGUGUAGUGUUUGCUAAGAGUGAUAAUGGUGCAGGAAAUUUGAUGUACGCUUUAGAUUGGCAGACAAUGGUAGCUCCAAACACAGGUAUUACAGAAAAGCGUAAAUGUGCCAAGCCAUUCGAUGUAGGUAAUUCAUAA